UUAUAUUACUAAACUAGCCUAGAACAGAAAUUUCAACUCAAAGAAUCACCACUAGGAUAUACAGUGUCAAAUAAUUGGAAAUAUUCUUCAGUUUUAUCAAAAAGAAAAUUGGAUAUAUUUUGAUUCAGAAGCUAAAAGCAUGGAUUACUAACAAACUUUUGGAUAUAUACUAUACAACGUCACAAAUGAUUGAAAAAUCCUAAUUUUUUUCAUAUAGACGUUGGAAAAUCGCAAUUUCUUCCAUGUUAAAUAUGAGCAUCACGUCGGAUGAAGUAAACUUCCUGGUCUAUAGGUACCUGGAGGAGUCAGGUUUUCACCACAGUGCGUUUGUAUUCGGUCUGGAGUCCCAUAUCAGUCAAUCAAACAUCAAUGGCGGCCUCGUGCCAUCAGCUGCUCUCAUAUCCAUCAUACAGAAAGGCCUACAAUAUGUUGAAGCAGAGAUCAGCAUUAAUGAGGAUGGGAUGAUAUUUGAAGGAAGAUUCAGUGAAAGCCUAUCAUUAGUUGACGCAGUUAUGCCUGAUGUUGUUCUGGCAAGACAACAACAAUUAAAAGAAAAAAUGGCCGCUCAGAAACUACAACAAGAGCAGGAAAAAGCUCGAGCACAGCAACAGAAAAGCGCUGAAGAAACGAAAAACACUAACAAUGUUGAAAUGGCGUUACAAGACGGUGGUGAUGCGUCGGUUUCCACGACGACGAACAUUCCUUUACAGUCGUCAGUUAAUAAUACUGAUGCCAUUAUGACAUCAACAGUAGUUACCGCGGCAACCUCAACAACCUCAAUUAAACAAGAGCCUCAAGUUAACGGAGAGUCCAACAGCACAAAUGGUCUAGCAAUAAAUGAAGUUAACUCAAUUCAUAACACGGAACCGAUGGAAGUCGAAACCAAUUUUAAUGACAUAAAAAUAUCGGUGAAUAAAGCCACGGUCUUACGAGGGCACGAUUCUGAAGUUUUUAUUUGUGCAUGGAAUCCAACUUGUGAUCUUCUGGCUUCAGGGUCAGGAGACUCAACAGCAAGAAUUUGGAAUUUAAAAGAAGAUAUAGUAACGUCUAGCUCAACGGCGUCAUCGAGUGCUCAACAAUUGGUUCUUAGACAUUGUAUAAAAGAAGGAAAUCAAGAAGUUCCCAGUAAUAAAGAUGUCACUUCACUAGAUUGGAAUUGCAAUGGAACAUUACUAGCUACUGGAUCAUAUGAUGGUUAUGCAAGAAUAUGGGCUACAGAUGGUCAUUUAGCGAAUCUCCUAGGACAACAUAAAGGACCUAUAUUUGCAUUAAAAUGGAAUAAAAUGGGAAAUUAUAUUCUAAGUGCAGGGGUGGAUAAAACUACAAUUAUUUGGGACGCACAAUCAGGAGAAUCAAAACAACAAUUUCCGUUCCAUCAAGCACCAGCACUAGACGUUGACUGGCAGAACAAUAAUUGUUUUGCAUCCUGUUCCACAGACAUGAGCAUACAUGUUUGUAGGCUCGGUUGCGAUAAACCUGUGAAGACAUUUAAAGGACACUCAAAUGAAGUUAAUGCAAUCAAAUGGGAUCCAUCAGGAAAGUUAUUAGCAUCUUGUUCAGACGAUAUGACGUUGAAGGUUUGGUCAAUGAAAAGUGAUAAUUUUGUUCACGACCUCCGGGCACAUAACAAAGAAAUUUAUACGAUAAAAUGGAGUCCAGCGGGACCGGGAUCGCAAAAUCCAAAUCAAAAUUUAUUACUUGCCAGUGCAUCUUUUGACUCCACUGUGAGGUUGUGGGAAUCGGAACGAGGUGUUUGUCUGCAUACGUUGACGAGGCAUCAAGAACCUGUGUAUUCUGUAGCGUUCAGUCCGGACGGACGGUUGCUAGCAAGCGGUUCUUUUGAUAAAUGUGUUCACAUAUGGAACACACAGAGUGGUCAACUAGUACGCAGUUACGAGGGCACGGGAGGAAUAUUUGAAGUUUGUUGGAAUGCAGCAGGAACUAAAGUUGGGGCGAGUGCAUCGGAUGGAACGGUUUGUGUUCUUGAUCUCAGGAAGUGAGUGUGACGAAAGUUUUGAUUGGAAUAUAUGAAUAAUCUACGCAAUACGGGGAGAAACGUGCCCACUAGAGGCGCCAAAGUAAUCGUGCCGGGUGACACGAAGAUGCACUACGAACAAUGAACUGAAAAACGCUUUUAAGAGCGAAAGAAACGCAUGAUCGCACAUGUCUUGCACACCACACAGAAUUUAGAAAAUGUUUCACAAGAAUGUCAGCGCUGUUUAUGCUUCAGUAAAAAGUUGACUCUGAUCACCACACCAGAACGUUGGUAACCUAAGCCGUGUGAAUCCCGUAAGAUGCAAUUAUUUUUGAGUUAGCGCUUUUACACUUCAGUGAAAAAAGUUGACUCCAACCACCACACCACAUACAGGUUUAUAGAACUGGUAUCUUACUAGUUUAGGCUUUUAUGGAUAUUACUCUGAAUAAAAAUAGCCUGGAAAAAUAAAUAGAAAACAGCCCAUUCUAAUUUUGAUAUACAUAACGUUGGUAACUUAAGUCGCAUGAAUGCCGUAAGAUGGAUUUUUUUAUCGAGCGCUGUUUACGCUUCAGUAAAAAAAAAAUGUUUUUCCUGGCUAAAUAUAUAUGGAAUAGUUCGGCAAUUAAUUAGAAAACAAUUAAUUCCACUUCCAAUGUGUAUUGUUAGGGACUACAGCUUACUCAAUGCUUGGUUGAAUAGACCAGAAUCUGUGGGGUUUUAUUCAUUUUCUUCUCAAAAUUUUAGUGAAAAACUAAUUUUUUGAGUCCUUAAUAACAUACAUUUUGAUUCUGACUAUUGGACCAUACAGUAGGUGUUGAUAAAUUGUCCAAGUUUACUUAGAAAUUACAAAUUAAAACUGACUUUGAGGUUUUGAGAUCAAAGAAUUUUAUCAAAAUUUCAAAUUUUGACUGUUUGUAAAAAUCCUUGAAUGUGAUUUAUCUGGCAAUCAGAUGUUUGAUUUUUUUAUGAUUUAGGCUCAAAUACCCAGGGACGUAGCCAGAAAUAUUCCAAGGGGGGGAUUCUGAAAUUUCCAUUUGCCAAGUUAGAUCGGGACAGCUAACGGGUCCGACCAAACGCCGGAAAACAUGUGUUUUCAUGAAUCUUAAGGUUCUAAAAAGCGUUUCCAGCUGCGAGAAAUUGUCACAUUCGGACAAUGUAUGAUACAGAAAGAUGAUUUAAUUUUUUUUACAUUUCGAAAAGGGGGGUUUCGACCCCCAAAACCACACUGGCUACACCCCUGCAGAUACCACACUGAAGUUCAGGCUUCGCUUUUUGACUUACAAAUAUUUUCUGGAAAUUCAGUUAUUCUGUCCGAAGUCGCCUAUGUUUCAAAGCAACUGGGCUAUGACAUGAUGCUUGUGAUAACAUACAACGGCCUUUUUCAUAUUAUAAAAGCCUGUCGCAAAUGUAGUCUGAGAAGUGCUUAAUGUUGAUCGAGUAAUUUUACCGGUUCUCGAUAGAAUCGAAUAUUUUUGAAGUAGUGACAUCAAAAUGCGAAUUUUUGUAUGAAUGAAUUCUUGUUAGUUUUUUAGGAAAUUCUACCUUUUUGUCUUUUUUUUUCUCUUUAGUGUUUCGCGUUUUUGCUUGGUUUUUACUCAAAAUAGAAAACUUGGAAGUUUUUAGAAUUUCCUAAAACGGGAGGGGGAAGUACCACAACAAUUUAAACUCGUUUGUAUGUUUUUUAACUAAGCAAUGUCCAGGGAUGACCAAUUUGAAAUAAAACCUCCCGGAACUACAUAAUACCCCUCGCUUGUUACUGGGACUUGUGUUUCUACCAUAAUACUCAUUCCAUUUUUAGUUAACAGCUUCGCAUGUAGCAAACAUGUACCAGGUUAUAGAGCGCACUGUUUACUGUUUGAGCGCACUGUUUACAAGGCGCAACCAAUAUUGGUAACCGGUACUGGUUUUUGGGUGUAGGCAAUAAAAUCCAACUUAUCCAUAUAUUAGAUGCGUCGUCUUAUAAGGUGAACAAUAAAUUUUUGUGGAAAAAAUUAAUUUAAAAGGCACCUUAGGUUCCGUAAAAUACUGUAUCAUAAAAAUCCGAAAUGCCCAGUGUUUCCAUAUUUGAUUAAGAGCUUCAGCUUUGAGCAAACUUACAAAAAAAGACCUAUAGCAGCUUAUAUAUUAUAGGACAUUACCCCCUCCCCAAUCGUAAUAUUUAAAUGGGGAUUACCCUAAUUUGCAUAUCUCUUAUUGUGGUAACAUUACAGACUAGUGAUUUGAUAAUUGUUUUUUUAUAUAAAAAAGGUGAUUAUAUCUGAUAAUUAGUGACAUAAGGUCUCAUUAAAGGGGAAUCCCCAGAAGAAUAAUCAAUUUGGAAUUUGCAUUUUACCCCUACUUUCCUUACACUUUACAGACUAGCAACUUAAUAAAUUGUUUUUUAUUAAAAAAAGGUGAAUUUAUCUGGAAAUCAGUGACACAAGGGAUGUCUAUUAAUAAAGUCUCAUCGAAGAGGAGUAGCCUCAUUUUUUUUGCUGAUUUCACAAAACUUUAGCAUGAAAUACUUUAUUUUAAACUGUUGGCUCAGAAUUAUGAGGAAACACAUACACCAUUUUGUCUGAAAGUUCUGAAUUUCUUGUAGUGCGUUCUUACGCAGCUUAGUUGAAAAUAUGGUGCUCUAAAAGUGUUUGUACCAAUAUGGAGGUAACGAAUUUUGUUUGCCUACUUUACAUCAAGUUGUGUAGAGAGACUGAAACCUAUGGGCAGGGGGUAUAUUCACACUUGGGUAACACAGACAGUCCUUGUAAUAGAACUAAAAAAAAUAAGGAAAAUCAGAAUAAAAGUAUGGCCUAACUUUAACCUGGUACAUACACUACUGGAGUACAGAAAAAAGUUCCACUUGAUUGACUUCAUAUUUUGGGCCAAUCAAAUUUCAGACUUGUAUAGAUUAUUCAAUAUUUGUCCCCCAAAUAGUGUGAUGUUUUUAAUUGUAAUAGGUGUAAGAAUAUAUAUCAAGUUUUUUGGUUCCCCUGGUAUGAUUAUAUUUAAUAAUAAACUGUUUUAAAUAAAUAAAGUUGUUUAAUAGGUAAGAUGGAUAAAAAUGAAAUUACUCCCUUUACUCAAAUUUGUUGGGAAUUCCCUCUUUUUCACUCCCCAACUCCCUGAAAAAAUAUCAUUUUUCGCAUCUAGUGAAGUCAUAUUUUUUUUUUGAUGAAUGCAAAUUUAGGUAAUUUUCAAAGUGAAAGUGAAUUAAUUGAUAGUCUGUAACAGGUGAUAUGAUUUGCAGGGAAUCCCUCCUUUUACCCCCUCCCCCAACUAACUUUGGACAUCCCUGGUCAUGGAGUCGUUUUUACAAGUUUCACAGAAUUAAUUUUGCAAAAUUAAAUGAAAGUUAUUUCUUUGUUCUGCUUUUUCUGAUUCUUCGAAUAAAUAAAAUUGGCAGAUCUUUUUUUGUGCCAAAAGUA